AUGACAUCGUAUACGCCGCCGCCUCACCAGCAUGGAAGCAACUAUAACAUCUACACGCGAAUGCCGGAGCACGGCGACGCUGAACUCGGCAGUACUGCGGGCAGCAGCCCAUCGGCCAAAAAACUGCGGAGUGAGCACAGCUUCAUGGAUGCAUUCCGGGAACGUCUGAACUUUCGUACACGACGUGAAUCGCAUACAUCCACUUGCGACAAUGAAAUGCUUGAUGAAGAUCUUGGACAUCCGCCAACUUGUCCCGGUACUCCUCCGGGAACAUAUGUGGGCUCGCUGCAGUCUGAUUCACUUCUCAGUUCCUCGUUUCGGUCAAGGUCACGAUCCGAUGUAUCAAGUCCGCCACCAAUACCACGU